AUCGUGUUGCUAAGAGUGUGGAAGAAAGACGCUCCUAAAAUGUCGAUAUACGGCCAUUUCCACGUUUCCUGGGCGUCGGCAAUCUACCUGGAGCUGGCGCUUUAUGUCUUCCUCGCAAUUGUCCUUUACUUCAUCCUCAUCUUCUCCUACCGUCUAACUCUACAUCCGCUGGCCAAAUAUCCAGGACCGUUCUUCGCGCGUAUUUCGGAUUGGCCUCUCGUUCUGCAUUGCUAUAGAGGUGACAGACAUCUUUGGGAGUACGCAAACCACAAGAAAUACGGUCCCAUUGUUCGCUACGGUGCGAACUCAAUCUCAAUCUCUUUGCCAAAUUCCCUUUCUGCAAUCCACGGCCCCAAAGCCAAUGUAAAGAAAGGAUCUUGGUACAAGACACUGGAUAUCAGCGCCGGUGCUCCAUCCGUGCAAAUGGAGAUCGACAAGCAGCAGCACGCUCUCCGCCGUCGCUUCCUAGCCCCCGCAUUCAGCGAAAAAGCCCUCAAAGAAGCCGAGAUAUUGAUCAUGAUCAGCGCUGAGAAGCUCUCGCAUGGCCUAGCGAAAGGAGGCGAGGAGCGAUGGUCACCACCGAAGAACAUGAGUGACUGGGCGACGUAUUUCGGUUUCGAUUUCAUUAGUGAUUUGGGAUACGGACGGAGUUUUGGGAUGUUGGAGAGGGAGGAUAAUACCUGGAUUCCGGGAGUGCUGAAAUCCGCCUCGAAGUUUAUUUAUUAUGUGGGGUAUUUGCCUUUCAUUGAGGUUGUUCGCCCGCUUAUGGGGAGCUGGGUGCAGGAUUAUAUCGGGGGGCAGGAAGCGGCGGAUUCAUUGAAGUAUACGAACUUGGCGAAUGCAAGGUUGGCGGAGAGGAUGGAUUUGGAGAAGCGUUUGAGGUUGCAGGACAAGGAGCUCGAGAGGAAAGACACCUUUCAUUACCUCCUCAACAGCAAGGAUCCUGUCACUGGAAAAAAGUUCACGACCGAAGAACUGCAGGCAGAUUCCGCGUUGAUUAUUGCUGCCGGGAGUGACGGUGCCGGGCUCACGCUUUCAGCCUGUAUUUUCUACCUUCUCAGUAACCCGACGACCAUGGGACAACUCGUUCGCGAGAUUCGAGAAAACUUCAAGUCUGUCCAGGAGAUACGCAAUCCGAAAUUAGGUGCUCUCCCAUAUCUGCACGCAUGCAUCGAAGAAACCUUGCGAAUGAAUCCUCCAAAAGCCAGUUCGCUUCCGCGCGAGGUUUUAAAGGGCGGUCUAACGAUUGAUGGACACUUGAUUCCCGAAGGCAUCACGGUUGGAACACCACUGUAUGUCAUCCAUCACGAUCCGAAUAUCUUCCCAGAACCAUGGUCGUUUCGGCCAGAACGUUGGAUUGCCUCCCCGUCAAAUAGCUACACCUCGGAAAGGGUUUCGGCGGCCAAAGCAGCAUGUGCACCUUUCCUGGUUGGGCCCUUGAACUGCAUUGGGAAGAACAUGUCUUAUAUCGCAUUGAAAUUGGCAUUGGCCCAUAUUCUCUUCUGCAAUGACGUCAGGAUAAGUGGGGAGUUGACAGGUGGAGGGGGAAAGGACAAGGUGGAUGGAAGGCAACGGGAAGGAGAGUAUCAAAUGGAAGAUUGGAUUCUCGGUUUCAGGGAUGGUCCGAUGGUAGAGGUUAAGAUUAGGCAGUGAAGUCGGUGUAAGCUUCACUGGUCCUUGAACUCGCAAGGUGCAUGAGAAAAGAAGUUUGAAACGUUGGAUAUGGGUUUCCAUUUAUUCAUUUCUAAGAUGGGGUCAAUAUGGAACAGACCUAAAGGUCAUGAAUACCCAGUGGGGCAAGGUCUUGUGUUUUGUUCUCAUCGGCGGAGUCAGCGUGCCUCGUUGCUACCUAUCGCUGCUGUUCUGGGAUUUUUCUUUCUUCGCUCGUCAAAGACCCCAUAAUAUCAGCCAUCUCGAUCAAUCUUGGAAAGGGCAUCAAUUUGAAGUGUUACGAUUGAAAUAAGCAAGGAAGCCUCUGAGAGCUGGACGGAAGGGGUUGAUGCUUUACUUAAACUGAUUUACCCAGAAAACAUUAUUGCCAGACAAAAAGAAUCAAUAAUUCCU